GUCUUUCUGUCAGGGCGAACGACUUGUUACGAGAUUUCUCUUUCAUCAAAUCUGUGGUAAUAAUUUGGACUUGUGUAAUAUUAGUCGUUCUACUUGGGUCACGACUUGUAAAUCCUCCUACUUGAUGUUUUGAAAUUGUUACUAUCAUAGUUGUGUUGAUUCCUGCUUCUCAAUGGUAUUUUAUUUUCUCGAAGUUAUGAUAAGUGGCGACCCGCAGACCAGAUACUCGAAGCUUUUCUUCGACGCUUAAUUAUGGUUGCUUUUCUUGAUGCUGUUGUGGCUAGUAGCAGCUUCCACCACUGUUAAUAUACUUAAAAACUGCUGGUACAACUAGAUCUUUUGCUAACAGGUUUAAUUCUUUUAGCAGGUUUAUUCUCAUUAUUUCCUGCUGGUUUCCUUGAUUUGGUUCCAUUGAUCUGAGACAAAAAAAAUGCAGAAGUUGCGAAAAUUGAAUUUCUUCGAUCGUACCCAAGCGAGUGGGUGGUUUCCGUCGUCCUCGUCGGCCCGUCGCAGUGCCCUAAACGUAAACGACGGAAGCCGCAGCUCUUCCACCUCCCUUUUAUCCGAGAUCGAAUUAAGGCUUCGGGACAUGUCCCAUUUUGAGAAGCAUAUGUGGAGAUCGGUCCAGACAAUGAAUAGUAUUCAAUACAAAUUGAAAUCUCCAGAUGCUUCUCGAAACACGAGACUCCCGAAAGGUCUAAUCGAAGCCAUUGCGGGAAGCACGAAUUACUUGCUGCUGGGGACGCGAGGGAAGGAACUUUUGGUCGUGGAAAGAGAUUUCAAGCGCACCACGAUUACGGCGGUCGCUGGAGCAUGUCCUUAACAUCAUCAUCCUUGGUUCUCCUUUUGGAGAAGAAGCUUCCAAGGAUAUGACUCUCAGGUAAGAUGCGAACGCGAUAGCUCUAACACAACCGUCUCUCACCGCACUGCUGGCCUCGCACAGGACGAGUCAAUACUGCGUCUUCACGAGUGUCGACCCGACGUUUUCCUCGCACUUGUACACGGAAAUGGAGGUCUUCUAGCUAUGUUAGUUACAUACUUCUUCUAGCUAUCUAGCUUACAGUGCUGAUUUGAUUUGAAUAUUUUUGUGAGCUCCACCAGGACAAGGUGGGAGUAGUACUGUUCUCGUCUUGCGUUUGUUACCUUCUUCAAACAACUCAGGUGAGCGACUUCGGUUUUUCCGAGUCGAGGGCGCACAGCGGAAGGUGACCCCAGUUGGUGUCAGCAUUCCUGUAUUCGAUCGCAAAGCGUGUCGGGUUACGUCUUGCGAAUGUCUGGGCGACCACUGCGUGGUCAUCGGCAGUGAUCGAGGUCAACUGCAGCUGGUGUAUCGGCCGUUAGAAAAGUCCCCUGCCGUGCGCUACGUCAGCGUCAGCAGUUUUCCCGGCGCACCCGACAACCACAUACAACCCGCACACAACAACAGUAGUACCACUUUCGAGUCGCAAGUUGUCACGGGAUGUCACUUUCUGGAUCAAGUUCGGGGCGCAAACAACAACGACAAGCACAUACGCGUGGUACUAUUCGUCACGACUCCAUCCGCAGUGUAUUCCUACAGCCUUGGAGGCCUUGCGAGCGGACGAUUAGAUCCGGACCACGGAGUUCGUUUACUCAAUGAGGACCGAGCGGGCGGCGCCGAUCCGCAUUGUUCUUAAGGCUCGAUACAAUUCAUUUCCAAGUAGGGUCUUCUGCUUCCUUCUUCUGAUUCGGAAGAGACGAGAUAGGGUAGAUCAUAGAAAUACAACUGUCAGUCCACGUCUCUACGGUCAUCAUGAACGAUGGCAACAGGGACAACAGCACGCAACAUCCAUAGCGGUCUUCUGCUUCCUUCUUCUGAUUCGGAAGAAAGAUAAUAGGGCAGGAGUGAAUUAUUUUGAGCUCUAAUGUUCAGCCGUCUUCCGUUCCAUGCAGUGUCUCCUGGUUGCUCGCAAAGAUGGAGUCUUUUCCUACGAUGCGGACGAGGGCAACCUCUCAGCCAUACCGCUUGACGGCCGCAAGCAUCUGCUGCUCUUAAGGCUACACCUAGAUCUGGAGCAUGUCGUCCUGAUGAACAACACCAUGGUGAUACACCUUAAGUAGGUCGUUCUUCUUCUUUUUCUGUACUUACUUGAAAAUUGAUGGGGAGCCAAGGUGGAAGAAUGCCCUCCGGGAAGAUGCAUAGGCUCCCAAGAUGAGGAUGCUCUAAUGCUCUGCAGAGGUCCCUUUUUCGUGACCGUCACGUCAGAAGGGGAAUACGAUGCAACCUCGCGAGCGCGCGUGACCGUUUGUCUCUCCUACCCGCACAUGCGUUUUAUCGCCUAUUCGAGUCUGUUCGCAGCCAGCGCCGAGACUCUUCGGGUCGUCCCCGGAAUGCAGGACAGUCUGUUCGUACUGGACGGGGCCGACCAGUUGUUUCAACUGCGCGAGAAGCCCAAGACCGAACAGAUCGAUGUUCUGCUGAAAAAGCGCAUGUUCGAUUGGGCAGCGAUUCUUAAGGGCUAUAAUAUAGCAUUGCAGGAGUCUCCCGCACCAGCAUCCUUGGCUUUUUUCAACUAUUUAGAAGAGAAUAAGUCAAGAAUGUUCAAUCACUAGAAAAUAUUAGUCGAGAUGUUCAUCUGAGGAAUGCAAAAAUUGCCUAAGUCUCUUGUCUAAGAUUCUUGUCAAAGAUGUUCAGCAACAAGAAGUGGGACCCGCGUCGAUGUGCGAGAUUUACAGGCUCCACGGUGACGCCCUGUUCGAAAAGAGGAUGUAUGAACAGGCUUUAGCGGUUUAUAUGAAGAGCAUUGACGCGGACUUGCCACUGGAAUUAUGGUGUUGAGUAAGUAAUAUAUUUUUUCGUUUGCGAAAUUGGAAGGCCGUGGCCUCUUGUUCAAGGGGAAAAAGAAAGGUCGUCCAAGGAUAUAUGGGUCUCAGGGAUGAAAUAAUGCGAUGCAGUAUGGCAGUAUGCACUUUUCUUUCACUGCGAGAUUCAUUGUAAAUUGCAUACAGCUCCUCUAAUGGAUGCGAGCUACGUAAUCGAGAAGUAUUUGGAGGUGUCUAAAAUUUCGCAUAUUGCGAAGUUUUUGCGGAAGCUUCACGAACGCCCUGGACUUGCGGAGGCGCGACAUACGGAGUUGCUGAUUAAAUGCUACACGAAGAACGCGGCCGCGCGAGGCGAGGACAAGUCUUAAGGCAGGCCCCUCUUCAAAAGUGGUCCAUCCUUUCGUUUAACAUCUGUGACAACCUGCUUUCAACAAGUACUCGAAAACUCUGAAAAUGUAAGCGAGUUAGAGUUAGUAGUGACUGCAAUAGGAGCGCUAGCUUUGAAAGGCUACUCUCAUUUCCGUACUCUAUCUUCUGCGUUAUUCUAGUCAUUCCCUUGCUUAUCUCAGUGUUUCAAACAGAAAAUGGGACGCCACAGAUGAGGGCGGAAACGAUGUACUAAAUUGGAGUGAGCAGAGCAGUUCUAAAACUCAGCCCAGUCAAGCUACGAGGAACUAGAAGAAUUUCUCGCAAAGGUACCUGUCGAGCAUUACGACUACAAGACUGCUCUCCACGUGCUGGAAACGACGCCAGGAUUCAUGCCACAAGCGAUUAUGCUAGCGAAAAAGGUAUAACUACUAACGAUUAUUCAAAAGUGUCUACAGUACCCCUCGAAUGGGUUCACCACUACUACUACUACUACUAAUACUACUACUACUACUGCUACUACUCCAACUACUACUACUACCACUACUAAGUGUGUACUAGACCUCCAUCCACCUCCUAUUUGUUAAGGACCCUAAGUGCCGUAAAACUCUUCUAGAGCAAAGUAGUUCGUGUACAGAAGCACUUGUUCUUUUCACUGAAAGAUAAGAAGAGAAAACUCUUCAUCUACGUGGAAGAGAGGGAAAAGAUCAUGGUCCUUGGCUUUACACGAGUAGUUGAUGGUGCAAUACUCAUGGAUCUGGUUUUCUUACUUCAGCUCAUCAAACGCUGCACUAUUCUCCUUGUUUCUCGAAGUUCAUUGUUGCGACUAACACUAAAACUAAUGGUUGUUCCCUAAUUAUACAUAGCAAUUAGUUUUAGAUGUCUUCACACUCGUUAUCCUCGCAAAGGACCCAACUCAAACGCAUCAGGCGAAAGACGGGCUCGGCUAUGUGCGAAUGCUGCUAGCCGGUGAAGACGGUUACCAGGCCUUAGGUUUUUUGAAGCAGAAGACGUUGGGUAUCGAAACCCGAUUGGGCAUUUUACUCACUCACGGAGCGACGCUGAUGAAAAAGCAUCCAGCAGAAGUACACCGCCUGUUCCUAGACCUGAUCAAAAGUCCACGAGAGGCAGGCAGAGAAGGCCUCAGCGAAGAGGAGUUAGACGAGAUCAUGCGAGUCUAUUGCGUCAAUGUUAAGGCUCCUUAAAUGUCCCCGUAAGUAACAACAGUAAAUAUUUUGAUCAAGAAGUAACGAUAGGCUCUUACUUAUCCUCGUCCUCGAUUGAAUACAGAAGCAUCCUGUCCUGAAGAGGCUUUUUUUCCUCCCUCCUCGAUUGAAUACAGAAGCAUCCUGUCCUGAAGAGAUGCCUUUUUUAAGAGGAAAAAGGUCCACGCAGUCGCAGUGUGGAAAGGUCCCUUGUCUUCAAAUCAAAGGAUUUUUAGCGGAACCUCUAAGGAUGACGAGUCUGCGGAGUCGGGAGAGGAGCUGUCCAGAGUCCGGGAAGCCUUUCUCCAAGAAGCGGCGUUCAAAAUGGUUCACCUCCUGCCGCACAAGUGGGUCGACGCCGUUUUAUUGCCAGCGCUUUUAGAGUGUUUGUUGCGUCGAUGGCGAAAAGAGCAGCAGUGCCCGAAAAUUGCGAAGGAAGUCCUCAAACUACUGGAAGAGCAUGCCAUGCGACGGAACUUUCUCGAGCGCGUGCCGCUGUUGUGCGGUAUGUACGAUUUCUCCCGUGGCCUUCUGUUUGCGUACGAGCGACUAGGCGAAUUCCAGAGUCUGAUAGCCUAUCAUUUGGACCGCGGCGACGUCGACGGGCUAUUGGAGACGUGUCGGCGAUGCGGAUCCCGGGAACCACGAUUGUGGCUCCAAGCACUCACAUCGCUUCCGCAGGCGGCUGUAGGAGUAGAGAACUCUCGAUUAUUACGGCUUAUACUUAAAUAUUAGCAAUUCACCCGGCGGCCCCUACUCCUUCAUCUAGUUGUUGAUUAUACAGGGAGUUUCUAAAGAAAUAUUAAUAUUCAGUAUGAUGAACAAAGUUCCUUCACCGUUCACUUUUCUCUACCUACGCCUUCUUGGGUGGAUUCUCAAAAAAUGGGCAAGAGAAAUGAAUUGCUCUCAGCGCAUCUAAGUAAUUCUAGAGCUCAUCUAAUUCUAGCGCAAGAGAGACCAUCUCCACCAGAGAGCACAAGUAGUACUUUAGACGAUAGCCUCACGCGCAUCAGGGAGACGGCAAUUCCAGAAAUACUACGAAAUACGGAUCUGCCACCGCUCUCGGGACUGCGCUGUCUUUCGCAGAACAAGGUUCCCCUCAAAGCUGCGCGUGGAUAUCUCAAAAAUGGUAUGGACAAGUCAGAAUAAAGUGACAAGAAUUAUUCGAGUUGCAAUUACUGUACUUGGCAAUUCGAAACAUGAUAGGAGUAAUUUUCCGUACGAUCAUCCUGACGUUGCGAUGUAUUGCCAAAAGAUAAGCAAGAUGAGAAUUGUAUUGCAGGACUAGCGUACUGGUAGUGGGCUGGAUGUUUCCCUUCUGUUCAUACUUUCUUUGGAGAAGUUGCGUCCGAGUGAAAGCAAAACGACCGAGGAUCGCGUGGAGAUAGCAAAGAUGGAGGCGGAAGUGGAGUCGAUCAAGGGGAAGCCUAGGAUCUUUGCCGCCGCCAAGUGCUACGAGUGUGGCCUCAACCUGGAACCGCCUUCGGUCCACUUCUUUAAGGCUAGUACUACCGCAGGAGCAACCGCGGCUAGAGCACUUCCGCAGGAGCGUCUUCCCUGGCUCUUUCUCACAACUUGAUUGUGAGAAAGUGGAUGCCGGCUAGAGCACUACCGCAGGGGGACAGCAUCAUCCCUGGCUUUAUAAUUUCAAAUCAGAAGUAUCGUCCUUGUGUCAAAAACAUACAGAUAGGACACUGACAGGGAUGCCGCACUCUCCUCAGCAUCUCAUCGUGGAUGCUCUCAGGGAUGUGACCACAGUAGCUCUAACUUCUUUUGCAUGCACAGUUACCAUGCGUACUGCGUUGGAGACGAAUGCCGCAAGUGUUAUGGAUAAUCCUUGGUGGGGGUACCUACUUCUGUAAGCGCAAGUGAAUAUCCGAGUGGAGGGACCCUGCCCUAUCUUAUCCUAUCUUAUCCUAUCUUAUCCUAUCUUAUCCUAUCUUAUCCUAUCUUAUCCUAUCUUAUCCUAUCUUAUCCUAUCUUAUCCUAUCUUAUCCUAUCUUAUCCUAUCUUAUCCUAUCUUAUCCUAUCUUAUCCCAAGCUGCAGUGAUCUCUAACUUGCUUACUUAUGUACGUGUAAAAAGUGAAUAUCGAUUUCGAUCCAAGCUACAAGUCUACCGCAGUCAUGAUCUCUAAGCUAGCAGUCAAAACGUGGGCAGCAUCGGAGCUGCCGGACCGCGGUCAACGUCGGAACCCAACGACGAAGAGUUCUUCAAGUACCUGAAGAGUGGACGCAACUUAGACGGCGGUUUUCCAGUCAUCGCGGACUACUUCGCGCAGGGUGUCUUCUGAAAUUGAUGCGGCUAGAACGCUCAGAAGAUGAGAAUACAAAAGAGCAUACAAAGGAGGCCGCGAAUUUGUGUGAGUCAUCUCGCGCUGCGGUCGACUUAGUUCAGAUGGCACGAAGAUUACAUGGGUCGUGGAGCACGAAGAUCACAUGGGUGGAGCAGGAAGAUCACAUGGGUGGAGCAAGAAGAUCACAUGGGUGGAGCAAGAAGAUCACAUGGGUGGAGCAAGAAGAUCACUUAGGGGUCUCUCAUGGAUCUGGAUGCCUGCAGCGUCUGAUCUGGUCGCAAGACUGCAAUAGGUACUCCUCACGCGCUUCUUUGAACUUGGAAUCUGUCUCGAGUAUCGCUUGGCAGCAGCCCUUUUAUGUUUUAGAGCAGGGACAACUAAGGAAGUACUCCUUCAUUAGAGCGCUUCAUUAUAGGAAUGCUCUAAUUCUGGACCACCACUCAACACCACUCGUCAAGGACCCCUUUAAAAUUAUAACUAAAGCUCGAUUUCUUCGUGAUGUUGACCACGGGUAUAGAAAAUUCCUGAGCUGCAGUUGAAUCCAACGGAUCAAGAGAGCAUCAUGCG